UAUAAAUCAUUUUGAAGUUAAAAACACACACACAAACAUUCAUCACAAAGAGAGGACUGUUAUGUAUCUAUCUAAGUACAUGGCUGCUACAAAGUAUGAGAUCAAACAGCAAAUCCUGUAUAAAUGUUUUAUAUAGUAGAAAGAGCUGUUAAAGUUAGAAAUGUCAUUCAAGCUGUAGGAGACCAACAAUAAAAAGUUCAGAUAGAAACAAUUUACAUAUGAUGCUAAAUGUAAUCUCACUUGGGAGUUUCCUCUCACAAAUUUUCAGCUUUGCGAAUUAAAAGGCUGCAGCUUCUAAGUAUUCAGUCCUACAAUUUUCGUGAAAGAACAGAAAAUAUUUCUUUCUGAAACUAAACUGGAUGGCACACAUAUGUUGCAAUGAAGGCAUAUAACAGCUGUUGAGGGACUGGGAAACCAAUAUAUUGGAAUGGAAUCCAUGAUGGCUAGAUGCCAGACACACAAGCAAUCUAAGUUCCUGGGUAAAUAUUAACCAAGUGCUUAGGUCUUUUUGCAAUCUAGGUGUAAAGACAGACGCCAACUCAGAGCCUCCAGGGAGUCUGAUGGUCUUAAGGAGGCCAAGACUGGGUUUUCCACCAUUUUAAUCCAAUAACUACAUUCCAUUAUUUCACAGAUUAAAUCUGUGAAGAGCAAACCUCAUAGCUUCUCUUCCAUGUCCUGUUUGCAGUGGUAUUAACUUUAAUUGAUGGCAAAACUACUCAACCAUUUAGUCAAGAAUACCAAAUAGUAGGGAAGAAAACUGGGUGGAAAGUGAAUGAUUCCAGGUGCAAAGCGUUUGGGAGUAUGUAUACAGAGACGCAACAAGUAGUCCUCUCAAUACGUAGUAAAACUUACCAGGAAUGGUAUCGUUUAGUGUAACUUUUCGGUUUGUCACUUGAAUAUUAAAUGAAUUACAAAUGUUGAUAGAAUCAUAAUUUUAUAUAAUAUACCAAGAAUACUGAUUUCCUGUGAUUUUUUUUCUUUAAGUGUCCCAGACCAUGAAGCUGUACAGGAAACUGGGAAGCAACUAAGGGUUAAGAGGCGAACGGACUUGGCGUGAAAAGAAAUCUCAAGGUUCAUAGAUAUUCUCUACACCCAUUCACAAUCCCCCAUUUUCUGGGUAUUCAAGGCCUCUGGUUUCUCUAAUCCCUUUCUUCAAGUCUUGGCAGGAUGCAUUUUUUUCCCUCUCUGGUAAGACGCCUUUGAUAUUUUUCAAAUCCGGUUUCACCAGCACAGAACUUUGACAUUUCGUUUUGCUUUGUCUCUGGAAGACAAACUCCCUCACUCAUCCAAGCGACAUUUCAAGUCCCUCAAAAUUCCCAGGGACAAGAAAAUUAGGUACUAUGAAUUCUGCCUUCCAAACAGCAUUCUCUGUUCCGCUUGCAAUGUCGAUAUAAAGGCAGGAUUGGCUUGGGCAGAAUAGGUCAAAAGCUUAUUGAAUUGCACACGGAACACAGCCUGCUUGCUCUCUUAUAGCGAGAGGCCAUGAGAGUUGCUGGGUCAAGGGCAUGCAUUUCAAUGUGAUCAGUCACUAUACGUUGGCCAUGCGGAGUCGCAGUAUUUUGGCAAUAUUUUUAAAAACCAGGGAAAGUUACUGUGCUGUUAUAAUUCAAAGGCUGGUGGGGUUUUCUUCCCCUCCGCAUCUCCACUAGCGUGAUAAAUUAAAGUACGUGGGCUAGUAGAGAACUAACCUCUGGGCAACUUAAGCCUAGUCCUCGCAGCGUACCCAGUGUGGAAACAAACGAAUCAGAGGUUACUAAUUCUGGAAUGUUAAAAGUGGGCCCCGAUCGGCUUUUACUCCCUUUGGGAAAUCCUAUACAAUUCUGCGCGCGAAAGACCCACCCUCGGUGAGGCGCGAAAGCCGAGAAGCUUAUAGUCAAAGCCUCGCUGACAAAUCAAGAGAUGACUCCGCAUUUAAAACCUUUCCGAAUAGGAACGCGCCAGAGGCCGGAAGCUACGCCACGUGACCAAUCCCUCCUCCGCGGCCAUUCCUAGUGAGGCAGUAGGCACCGCCUCUGUCACAUUUCCUAGCUCCUACAGCGCGGGACCGGGCGGAAACGUGCGACAGGAGGCGGUCCCACCUAGCUUCGGAGUGUCACUAGAACUCGCGUCUUUUCCAGCAAUGCUUUGCAAGUACUUCACCGCAAAGAACUGCCGCAGACUUCCGCCUGGGUGCCAACCACGUGAUCACGCGAGCGUUGGAGAGGCGUAGCCUAAAUUAUACAGAUCUGUGAUUGAAGAUGUCAUUAAUGACGUGAGAGACAUCUUUCUGGAUGAUGGAGUGGAUGAACAAGUACUGAUGGAACUAAAAACUUUAUGGGAAAACAAACUAAUGCAGUCCAGGGCAGUAGAUGGAUUUCAUUCAGAAGAGCAGCAGCUUCUACUGCAAGUUCAACAGCAGCAUCAACCCCAGCAGCAGCAGCAUCACCACCAUCACCACCAUCAGCAAGCUCAGCCUCAGCAGACGGUACCUCAGCAAGCGCAGACCCAGCAGGUCCUUAUUCCUGCAUCGCAGCAAGCCACAGCACCACAAGUUAUUGUUCCAGAUUCUAAGUUGAUACAGCAUAUGAAUGCAUCAAACAUGAGUGCUGCUGCUACGGCUGCUACCUUAGCACUCCCUGCAGGUGUGACUCCUGUUCAGCAGAUAUUAACAAAUUCAGGCCAGCUUCUUCAGGUGGUCAGAGCAGCCAAUGGUGCCCAAUAUAUCUUUCAGCCUCAGCAGUCAGUGGUUCUACAACAACAGGUUAUACCACAGAUGCAACCUGGUGGAGUACAAGCUCCUGUUAUACAGCAGGUACUGGCUCCUCUUCCUGGAGGGAUUUCACCACAGACAGGUGUCAUCAUCCAGCCUCAGCAAAUCUUAUUUACAGGAAAUAAGACUCAAGUUAUACCUACGACAGUGGCAGCACCUACACCAGCCCAAGCACAGAUAACUGCAACUGGCCAGCAGCAACCGCAGGCCCAGCCUGCUCAAACACAAGCUCCAUUGGUCUUACAAGUUGAUGGAACUGGGGAUACAUCGUCUGAAGAAGAUGAAGAUGAAGAAGAAGACUAUGAUGAUGAUGAGGAGGAAGACAAAGAGAAAGAUGGAGCUGAAGAUGGGCAGGUGGAAGAAGAACCCCUCAAUAGUGAAGAUGAUGUGAGUGAUGAGGAAGGACAGGAACUCUUUGACACAGAAAAUGUUGUUGUAUGCCAAUAUGAUAAGAUACACAGAAGUAAAAACAAAUGGAAAUUUCAUCUCAAGGAUGGCAUUAUGAAUCUUAAUGGAAGAGAUUAUAUAUUUUCCAAAGCCAUUGGAGAUGCAGAAUGGUGAAGAGUUGCUUUUUUUCUUUUAUAAAUAAAAGAAACUUAAAAAAAGUUUAAAGUGGACAGUUUGAAACUUGGGGCAUAUGCCAACCAAAACUUCAUUUCUGCAUGUCAGAAAAGUGCAGUAGAAGCAAAGCUACUGGAACAAAGAUAGACCUUGACAACAUAGACACUACUUACUGGCAAGCCAUGGAACUGUAGCACCUGGGGUUGUUGGGUGGGAGGGUUGGGGUUUUGUGUAGGAAAACCAUAAUUGUUGAUUUUAAAUACAGGUACCUGCCACCGGUAAUUAGCAUGUAAAGCUUUGUCUAUAUUCCUUCCUCCAACUUGGGUUCAAUCAGAAGAUACUUGUUGGAAUGAACUGAAGAAACUUCGGUUUUGAUAGAUUGAACUGAAACUGCUUAUUGUAUGUGGUUAUAUUUGGUAAAAGUUGCGUGUGAGCUUUUUACAAAAGGGUAAGAAUUGUGUUGAAUUUUAAUUCACUUGUAUAAGAAAACAAUUUAAAACUCUCAUAGUAGGUCUUAAAUAUUUUUACUUGCUAUUCUCCCUCAGUGAUAUAUACCUCUUCCUUUCCAGCUUUAUGAAACAUCUAUUUAAGAUUUAAAGUUAUCAUUGAUCAUAGUUUGGAGAUAAAAUUUGACCCAGGAAUGAAUAUUUAUUUUAAUUAGGUUUUCAUACUUAUUAAAUGUAAUUAAAGACUUGGGUCUUGUCUGAGUUCAGUGGAAUUGAAACGACAACUUUAAUUUCCUUACAGAAAAACUUAAUUUGUUUCUUUUAGUGCCACACCUUAAAAAGAAACCCCAAACUAGCUCCUCAGGAAUAUAGUUUUAUUUUGCAAGCAUACCAUCUAGCUGAAAUUGUAUACACAUGAAUAUAUGUAGACUUUUCCUGUUGGGCUGAAGUGUGUGCUUAUAAAUGUGUUUAGUUUUUAAGCUAAACAUCCAGUAAACAGUCUGUGCAUUGAUUAGCAUAGGGCAGGUGGUGAGGACCUGGAUUUUUAUUAAACAAUUUAGUAAUUAUAAAAGUUUCUUGUGUUUACUAGUAAAGAAUUUUAAAAAUCUAUUCUAAUUCAACAAGUUUUUAAAAUCAACUUUGUAAUUUGAGGGGAAAAUUUGGGGGGAAGAGGUGGGUGGGCCACUAAGUUACCUCUCUUUCAUUUGGUGGCCCUUCCAGGCCAUUGAAAAUAAAGACGUUGGCUCCAGUUUGCACAUCGGGAAGAAAGCAUAGAAAUUUGACUUGUAUAUUAAAAAUAAUAGAAAUGUAAUAUGUAUAUUAAGAAUGCAUAGGUCUGUAUUCUGUAAGGGGCUCUGAAGAACAAUAUGGCAUUGCUGUGUUCAGUGUGAAUUCGCUGCCUGGGAGAACUGCAGGAAUGCUUGUCUUCACCAUUGUGUUCUUACAACGAAUUCAACUUUCCAUGGUUUAUCUUGACAAAAUUUACAUGUGUUUAGGUUACCUGUAUAUUGAUAUAUUUUUUAAUCUUCAGUUUUUGUCUUCCUUUUGCCUUUGUGUUUUCAGAAGUAACACAUAAACACUUUUAAAAGUACAUUACAAAGAAGAAAACUGUGAGCUAUUACAUAGUGUUCCUUUUUUAACACAAAUCUUUUAACUUUAAAAAAAGGCAAAAAUUUUUUUUUCAACUUCCCACCCAGCUUACCACCUUGAUCUCUUUAAAUUAUGUUCUAAACUUUGGUGUAAAUGGUGGUGUCUAGCAUGCUAGUAGUUAGAUUUUAUUUAGCUGCCAUAACUGGUAAUACAGUUUUUAUUUUGACAAUAUUAAUUAGUUUUUUGAGGGGAAGUUUGUUUAUUCUACGACUCUCAAAGCACACAGAGGUUUUAGAAUAUAUAUUAUUAUUAGUGAGACUGAGAGAAGAGGAAAUGGGAGGGAGUAACAUCACAGAAGUCCUGUUGUUCAACUGUUCUUCAAUAUAGUUGCUAGUAGGUUUGUAUUUACUCAAUAAAGCUUAAGUCAGUGACCUGAACUACCUAUAAAAAUUCAGCAGUGCUGCAGUGUUGCUUAAGUGAAACCCUUUGGCUAUCUAGUAGUUUUUAUGCUACUGAAACUUGGAUUACUGUAUGAUACUCAGCUUGUCUUGGGCCCUCUAUGUAGACAAACAUUUGUAUUCAUAGUAGCGUUGUUUACUGGCCUGUUUUUAUAACUUUAUUUUUCAAAUAUUAACAACCACUGCUUUCAGAGUGGUUAUUUUGUUAUUUUUGAAGCAGGAAAUAACCCUUUGUAUUUGCACCUGUGUAUUGCCUAUUAAUUAUGGUAUACUUGGCAAAUGCUUUUCUUUUACCUGUGAAAAUUCUGAAGGCUGGUCCAAGCUACAUUGCAUACCAAAUUGUGCUCUUACAUAUUAUUUGCAUUGUGUCCUUUUUAAUCAAAUAGCAUGUUUUAGUUUUAUUAUAGUAGCUUUUGCUGUAAGAAUGUCACUUGCUUAUCUUUUAUUGUACUUGAAUUCUUAAUCAUGCUUUUAACAUUGUAUUUAACAAAUCAUUUCGUAUUAGGUUCCAUUGAAAUGUCAUUCCUUUGAAAAGGCAAGGGAUUUCCACUUUGAGAAUUUUAAAAUGAAAGUAGCAUGUUUAUCUAAAGGCAGAAAAUAGUUCAGACUUGGUAUUAUGAAAAUAAGUAAUGGUUUCUGGAGAGGAUUUGUUUAGAUUUGCACAGAUGGUGAUGGCACCUUUUACUUAAAAAAACAUUAAUCAAUAGUGCUAAAGAAAAUUUACCCAAAAUUACAAGAUAAAACAUGGAAAUGUGUGCCUUUCAAUAUACAAACUCUUGCUUGGUGGUCAUUUGUGUAAUCAGACCAUUUGAAUGCCUGAGAGCAUGUUUAAUUUCUGUGGAGUGCCACAUAUGGCUAAAACAAAUCUUUAAUGUGCAAUUAAUUUCUAGAGUAAAAUGUCUGUUAUAUGAGGGGGAUCUUUAUAUUGGGCUUUUCUAUUUUUUAAAUGUUCACAUUUCUUUCUGUUAAUUAAAAUGCCAUCAUAAUGUCACAUUUACACUGUUGCCUCUUUUAAAAGCAAAGCCACUCUUGUUCUAAGAUUACAUCAAGACUUGAGCAGUGUGUAGUAAUUAAAAUGUAUGCUUGAUGAGUAUAAUAGAUUCUGGUUUUAGGAAAUAACAUAUAGCUUUUAUAUGAAUAUUUUCUUUUGCUGUAGUGAAAAUCAAAGAUUUUUUUUUUUUUCCUGGCUUUUAUGGAGGAAUGAAAAGAGUUGUCUCCCUCUAAGAGUAAUUUUUGAUUCUCAUAGCAAUAAUGUCACCAUUCUUACCAGAGGGUGAAUACCCCUUGUAUAGGAAAACAGACGUAAUUUCCUCUUGGGAGUUCUCUCUAUGACUUAGCAUUUUCUUCCACUUGAGAAAAUUCCUGUUUUUCUGAUUAUUUCAUAUUGAACUUUUUUUUGAGCUUUUGUGCAAUGUAAUAGUUUAUUGAUCCAUCUUUGUACAUUUUCAUUUUAUUUCAUGUCUUUCUUCCACCUACCUGUCAGAAUCAGCUAUAGCAGAUUUUGAAUUCUUUAGUUAAAAAAUAGUUGCUUUAUUUGUUUCCUCAUGAGUUUGUUAAAUAGCUUUGCAUUUUAGUCCUAUUAUGCUAUGGAAAUUAUUAUGAAGUUUAUAUUCUUCCCUUUUUAAGCCUGCCUUACUCUGUCUUUUGUCAUUGUCUAUGGUUUAAUGAAGAACACACCAAACUAACAUUUUUGUUUAUUUUGAGGAACAAAAAAAAUUUUUCUCUUCUCUUUUAAGGGAAGUUACUACACUUUGAGUUAGUAAUUCCUCUUUCAGUCAAGGUUCCUUAAUAAGUCCAGUCUGCAUCAGGACUAUGAUUUGGGGGGCAGGGCUAAUCCUUUUUGCUGUUCUGAGCUACUAUUGUCAACUGCUGUUGUACAUACUGUUAUGUGUAAUGGCGUAAAUAUAUUUAUUAUGUUUGUAAAAUUCAUUGCAGAUCAAGGUUGCUCUUCUGUGAUAUAUGGGAUAUUAUGUUUUAAAGACCAUCUUGGAAUACAAUUAGAGAACUUAGUAUUUUGAUGUACUAAGACCUAUUUUAAGUUUAAUAUUCUACCUUUGCAAAAACUUUAAUUAAAGAUGUUAUUUAAAAAAA